UGGAAGUUAAGAUUGCGGAAGAAUUUCCGGUGUAUGGAGAAUGCUUGCUUCCAGAAGGAAAAUCGGACGGUUUGAUAUUACCGUGGAUUACAGCGGAAGGCGGAAUUGAUUUCCAAAGAUUGGAAAAGAUUUUGCAUUACAACAUCAAAUAUCAUUUGCUUGAGUGAACGCAACAAAGACCAAUUCAACACCAUGGCCGGCAGGGGAAAUUCGCGGUCUAAUGGACUGGGCCAGACUAAAAUCUGUCAGUUCAAACUUGUGCUGCUUGGGGACAUGGCGGUAGGAAAAUCCAGUCUGGUAUUGCGGUUCGUUAAGGGUCAGUUCGAUGAGUUCCAGGAGACCACCAUAGGAGCUGCCUUUCUAGCUCAGUCCGUGUGCCUGGAUGAUACAACAGUAAAGUUCGAGAUCUGGGACACUGCAGGACAAGAACGAUAUCACAGCCUUGCCCCAAUGUACUACAGAGGAGCCCAGGCAGCCAUUGUGGUAUUUGACAUUACUAAACCGGAGACAUUUGAGCGAGCAAAGGCGUGGGUAAAAGAAUUACAGAGGCAGGCUAGUCCUAAUAUAGUCAUUGCUUUGGCUGGUAACAAAUUUGACUUAGCAGAAAAAAGGAUGGUGGAAUUUGAGGAAGCUCAGGCAUACGCGGAGGAUACAGGACUUUUAUUUAUGGAAACGUCAGCGAAAACUGCUAUGAAUGUAAAUGAGUUAUUCCUCGCAAUAGCAAAAAAAAUGCCGAAAUCGGAUGCCCAAAACCCUACUCAUGCUGCCCGUAACAGAGGUGUAAAUAUUCAAGGCACGGACCAGCAGCCACGAAGUGGAUGUUGCGGAAACUGACCACAGAAGCCUCUAGUCCCUAGUAUGCAUCUUUGAAACUGUUGCGAACACUGUCUAGGAAUCUGCCUCAUGUUUAUCUACAGCUGGCGAAAGUUUGUUUUGCUUAUGAAUAUUUUUCUUUAAUGUUAUUCCUUUAUAUCAUACAGUGUUAAAACAGGAAAACAAGAAAAAAACUACAUUGAACCUACAAUGUACAGAACUAAUCACAAACUGGUGUGGCUGUGUAGAUAUCCUCUGAGUUAUGUGUGAGGAUUGAAGAGGAUGUAAUACAGUUCAGUAUAUGCAUGUGCAUCAAUCUGCUCUGUCUUCAGACCAUCAAGCUGUUUCUAACCUAAUAUGUGCUACUUCCAUAUAAACUAUUCCUAUGCAUCCAGAAUACAUCUCUGGAAUCCCACACAGGUUCCAAGCACUUAAGCGGCACAACUGUGUAUGACUGAAUGUGGACAGAAGUUGUGUUAAGCAGCUCAUCUGUUUAACACUACCUGUGGUGGUGAUUAUAGGUUGGUCUGCUCUACCUACUUAAUAUGUUGGUAACCUCUAUGGGACAGAAGGGGAAAUAAUUCACCUCUGACCUAUUGUUUGUCUGUGUUGAUAUUGUUCUGAUAUGAUAGACCUUCCUCUUAGGAUAAAGAACAAAGCACUGUGGACCUAUUGCACUUUACCUUCCAACAAAUUUUGUUGAUCCAGAAAAUAAUAUUGAUCUUUCUGCUGACUCAGUGUAAAAUUUCCUCCCCACAUUUUUAGGAAAAGAAAAAGGUAUAGGACAUGCUCUGAACAUGACUUUUGUAUUUGCACCUUCAGAUAAUGUUUUACUCGAAAUGACUCCUCUAAUUUGAUUUUUAAUGUAACAUUAAAGCAGAGAGAAUCG